GUUCCUGUGCACGCGGCAGCUUUACGUUGUAGCGCUUCAGCCGGAAUAGAGGUCUUUGUCAGUCCUAUUGGAGGAACGGAGGCAAGGAGCCCAACACAGGGCCAUAGCAUGGGGUGAUGAGGACUCUCCUCAGCUAACCUCAGUGCAGAUGACUAGGGAUGGCCACAGCAUCUCCUCGACAUUUGUUGGAUGAUAUAGUAAACACUGCACAACAACAACAGCAGGGGCAGCAGGAGUUCUUGAACUCGCUGGAGACUGUUGUUCUCACCAUCUUCCUCUCCAUCAUCAUUAUCAUGACAGUGUUUGGAAACCUGUUGGUUAUGGUGGCACUCUGCAAGGACAGACACCUGAGAAAGAAAAAGACCAACUACUUCAUAGUGUCGCUGGCGUUUGCUGACUUGCUGGUUGCACUGCUUGUGAUGCCUUUUGCUGCAAUUGAGCUGACCACAGGCCAGUGGCACUAUGGGAAAAUCUUCUGCUUGGUGCGAACAUCACUGGACGUCUUAUUGACCACGGCGUCCAUCCUGCAUCUCUGCUGCAUUGCACUGGACAGGUAUUAUGCUAUCUGCUGCCAGCCGCUGGUCUACAGACACAAGAUGACCCCUGUGAGAGUAGCAGUCAUGCUAAGCGGCUGCUGGAUCAUUCCCACAUUUAUCUCCUUUCUCCCCAUCAUGCAAAGCUGGAACGCCAUUGGGAUCGAGAACAUUAUUGAAGAGAGGCGAACCUUGACCGGAGGCUCCAAUGACACAAGCUGUGUGUUUCUGGUCAACCGGCCUUAUGCCCUGAUCUGCUCGGCGGUGGCCUUCUACGUCCCGUUGGCUCUCAUGGUGUUAGCCUAUCAGCGUAUCUACGUCACUGCCAUGACCCACGUGCGGCAGAUAGAGACGCUUCAGCGCGCCGGGUCUGCUCCUGUCACCGGGUCAGAUCCGGUCAUCAUUGUGAGGUCCUCCACUUCCUCAGAUCCACUGGAGCACUACCGCCUCAGGACAACAGCGGGCUCCUCCUCCUCCUCAGAUCAUGCUCCUGUGGCAAACAGCCGCAUGCGCAUUGAGACAAAGGCAGCAAAAACCUUGGCGAUUAUAAUGGGCUGUUUCUGCCUGUGUUGGGCACCAUUUUUCAUCACUAAUGUGGUGGAUCCUUUCAUCCACUACUCAGUACCCUGGCAGCUGUGGACAGCCUGGCUGUGGCUUGGGUAUAUUAACUCAGGGCUGAACCCCUUCCUGUACGCCUUCUUGAACCGGGCUUUUCGGAGGGCGUUUCUGAUGAUUCUCUGCUGUGGGGAUGAGCGGUACGCACGGCAGGGGAGCUGCUCCCGCGGACACACCCAUAGAGCAUGCUCAGCAGCAUCAGUCAAUGGGACUUCAAUGGCACUGAGACUGUCCUUCCUGCCAAACAGGAGCUACAGCGACAAUGGUCGAACAAUACUGGCCAACGAGCAGGAGUCUCAAGACUCUCUUGGACCACUAUGAGGAUGACUUUGCAGUGACAAAGCUGUGACACCCUCACUUGUUUUUGUUUUUGUUGCUGGGAUCUCAGCAGUUUACUGUGAACUGAGUUGACUGAUCCAUUUAUGAAGAUAUUGUAUUACCUGUAAGUUCAGCCUGUGAUCCCUCAUCAUCAUCAUCUGAUGCAUACGUUGAUACUCGCCAAGGAGAAGUUGCACAGCACAGUUGUUGAUUUAUUUGGACUAUAUAUGAGCAAAGUGAAGCAUAGUGAUGUAGAACUGAUGUGUUUUUAAGUAUUUAUAUUACAGAACUGUGUAAAUCCCAUCAAUAUGUUUGCAAGUUGGCUCUUAUUCCAAAAGCUGUGCUUAUCGGUCCAACAUUGAAGUCAGAAGAUGUGACUACUCCCCGCAAACAAACCAAGCGGCCAACAAAAUACAACACGUCCUCUGCUUUUCACCUCUAAUAUUCCAUCCUUGCUUUAACUCAAAACAUAAAGUUACAACAGAGCUAAGAACCAUCUGGUCACACAGAUGUCCAGCGUUAUUACAUUCAAGUUUCAUUUAUUGUAUAGUUGUCUGCUUACUUGCAUUUUUAUUAGCAUCAGCUGUUUUCUAUAAAGGCAGCACUGUGAAACUGUUGGAUGGAGUUUAAAAAGAUGGUCUCUCAUUUAUUAGAUGCACUAUUUGGAAUAGUUGUGAGCAUAACACCACAGACAUACUGACAGCAUUAUAAAGUGUGUUGUGUCCUCAGUGUGUCAACACUUGCAUGACUUCUUUGUAGGCUUAAAUUUCGGACACAAACUUAAUUUUUGCUUAUUUACUUGUUCACGAAAUCAAGUUAAGGAUAUCUAAAGCAUAAUAUAGUUGCUUUAAUUUCAGGGUGUUCAUAUGACUGUCUUGAACUCAGUGGCAUAACCACCCUUUAGUUUUUCUAUAGCGGGUGAAAAGCAGCUGGAUCGAGUUGAGGACAGGUGAAUGACCCAUUCAAAAACUUUUGGGUUUCUUUUACCACAUGUUUUCUAUUUCAUCUCCAGUCAGUCAUCAAUAAACAGUGGUGAAACUGUAUCAACAAAGCCGUGAGCCCUUUCCAUACACAUUUUCUUUUUCCUCCCAUUUGUCUAUUAUCUUAGCUUAAUCUGUGCAGAGAUCCAGAGAAUAUUAUUUCAGAAUAUAGAAGGAUUGGUACACGGAAAGGACAGAGCAAUCAUCCACUGCUGUUGUCAUGGAAGUCUUUUUUUUUUUUUUUGGCCUGCAAAGCUCACAAGUAUGUUCUGUUUUUCUCAGAAUGACAAAGAGCCAUUGAUUUCCCCACUUCUGAUGUUCCUGCAAUCUUAGUUGUUUUGUCUUAGCAGCCAAAUAAUGAGAUGUUUCACUUGAAUGAAGAACUCAUUUUGACAUUUUACCUCCUUUACUAAUCAAAAAUGGAAAUAAAGCAAUAACUCACAUUUUCCAAGGAAAAACUGAAAAAAAAAAAGAUUUAGCUUUAAAGCACAAUUCAUAGAUGUAAUUAUCAUAAUCCUGCAAAAAAAAAAAAAAAACAUGCAGGAAAAAAUUUACUUUUUUAUUUUAAAAAAUGGAUUCAGACCACUAAAAAUUUCUCCAUACAGACAUCAGAAGAACCUUACCUUACAUUUAAGUUCAGCUGUAUAAUCUGGUGAUAAAUGCUCGACAGGAAACCAUUUCUUGUGAUUUUUAAAUCAAAAUGACAUUGCUGAA